GUGUCUCUGAAAAUGACAACGAGGAUGACGACUCAGAAGGUGAUGAGGACAGUGAUGAAGAAGAUGAUGAAGAAGAAGAAGGAGAUGUUGAACAAGGAGAGGAAGUGGACAACGCUGAUGACAGUUCAUCUGGGGACGAGAACUCUGACAGAUGUCCAAUCUGUCUCAACCGUCUGCGGGUUCAGGAUAUUGGCACUCCCGAGUCAUGUGACCAUUCCUUCUGUCUGGAGUGUAUCCAGGCAUGGGCCAAAAAUGUGAACACUUGUCCAGUAGAUCGUCAGGUCUUCAGAAUAAUCCUAGGAAGACAUGCUGGGGAGGAGAAAAUAUUUAAGCAGUUUCCUGUUGAGGACAGUCAGCAGGAGAAUGAAGAAGUUGAGGAAGAUCCGACGUACUGUGAGGUCUGUGGUCAUUCAGACAGAGAGGACAGGCUUCUGCUCUGUGACCGAUGUGAUCUCGGCUACCACUGUGAUUGCUUGGAUCCCCCUCUGGCAAGUGUGCCAGUACAUGAAUGGUUUUGUCCUGAUUGCCAGCAGAGCCGUGCAGCAGUGGACACAGAACAUCAUGGAUCCGGUCGGCAGAUAGCUCGAACCAGAAUCAGUGAACGUGUGAGGAGAUUGAUUGCUGAAGCACGUGCUGAACGAGCAGAAAGGAGGAGAAGAGUUGCAGAAAUGAUAGUGGCACAGGAGGCGUUAGAAGGGGCUGAAGCAACACUCGAACCCUCGGCUUCAGCGACAACCUCAGCAGUGAAAGCCACCAGGAAGAAAACAACAAAAACAACUCGGAAACGCAGAACAUCGAAAAAGAAAACAGUAAGAAAGAGAAAGAAAACCACCAAGAAGCGAAAAACAAAACGGAAGUCGACAGGAAAGAAAACUAAAACAAGGAAAAGGCGUUCAAAGGGGAAAGGAAAGAGGAAAGUGAAGAAAACUAAGUCGACCUCAUCUGCCAGUUCUACAGCAUUAGCACGAACUGCCAUUUCACGGGCUGUCACAAGUGUUAAAGGUCGCAUUGCCGACAAGUUAGGACUGUCGAAACCUCCUGCUGGUCGAUCGAUUCCAAUGCAGAAACUGCCUCCGUCUGGCUCACGACAGGAAGGGCCCGGAAGAUCAUUUGCAGAUCAUGGUGCCUCCACUUUGUCUUUGCUCGGAAGUAAAGAUGAACUGUAUCUGUUUGCAGACCAAGAAGGAGAGGAGAGGCAGCCUGUCAGUCGACCUGCAAUAUCUGCUGAAAUUUUGCUGUCUAGAUCAGCCAGGUCGUCUCACAAACCACUCAGUUUUUCACCAGUUAAAAAGAAAGUUGUUGUUGAGGAAACACCUUCAACUCCCACAUCUGCUUCAGCUGUGUCUGGAGGCUUUGAUUUGCUGGGUUCUAUUCUGCAAAACCAAGACCUACUUCACAAGGGCAGCAAGCAUGUUACAAUUAACAGGGAUGGAUCUCUCACUGCAGCAAACACUGGUUUAUCUGGCUCAUCAACUCAGAUAAGAAGCACAUCAUCAACUGUGUCACUACAGCUGACAUCCCCCAGUGCCAGAAACAGUAGUGAUUCUCCGACAACUUCUGCUAGUGAAAGUCCCACACGUGAGAGCAAAUCUGCGACCAGCACUUCUCCUUCCAAGUCUCAACCACAGCGGUCGGUUUCUUUCAGUAGUAAUGCUGUAUCACCCACAGAUGCACCUGACAGUUUGAGGGCUGGAAAUGAUGUCAGAAAAGUGACUGCCAGUUUAGUGUCUGAUGAAAAACAGAGCAGCAACCUGGCAGCACCAUUGGACAAGAGUGACUUCCUUCCAGACUUGGUAGAUUCAGAAACAAAAUAUUCAUGCCUAAGCAUGGAUAUUUCAGUUGAUGACACGCAGGAUUCAAAUGCAGCUAAAUCACUGAUUGAGACAGAGCAGUGUCUUUUGGCCAGUGUUGAUGGCGUCAGACAUAAUAAUGAUGAUAAUUCUAGUGAUAAUGUUUAUAGCAGUACUGCGUCCAGUGGAAGCACAGAUGUGGAAAACAGGGUCAAAUUCAACUUUGCUGAGGUACGUAAAAUGGAGCCAGAGAGUAAGCCCUUAACUAGCUCGGAGUCUUCUUCAGAUGGAAUUGAUAACAUUAAGAGCAACAACAGUCUAUCUGUCGGGAGCAGAGAAAGUGAUACAGUAUUAAACAACAUCGUCAGCGACUCUCCGGAACAGGAUAUGGAGGAUGUGAAAUCUGGGGUUGAUCUGGAAGCUGAUGCGAUAUUUAGCAACAAUGCACGACUCAACGCAGAGGAAGAUGCAGGAAACAACAGUAUUGGUUUCAGCACACCUACAAAUUCACAAACAAGCCUGAGGAACUUUGCUGCUGUGUCCAGUGACCUUAACAGUGUGCAUGAUGAUAGUAGUGUGGGAAUUAUGAAGCGAAACUUUGAUAUAUUAGUGAGCACAAGUUCUAACUUGGCCGGCUAUGAGAGUGGAGAGGAGAAUGAUAACAUUGAGAGUUUUGUGCAGAAUCCGGCUGAUAGGGAAGAAGGGGAAGCUAGCGAGAGUGAGGAAGAUGAGGUCAAAGGCGAAGACAGACAGAGAGCAGAGGAAGGCCAGGAGGAAGGAGAGAUUGUGGAUGAAGAGGAAAGAGAAAGAUACCAUGAGAGAAGAAACAUGUGUGCAGAGGAAAUUGAAGAUAGUGGAGGGUUGGAUGUCAAUGCUAUUCACAUAGAGGAGAUGGAAAUUGGCACUUUCAGAAAGAGAAGCAUGUCUCAAAAUGAAGAUAACAACAACGAAGACAACAAAAAGAUCAAGUUAGAUGAUGGAACAACAGCCGGUACAGAAGUAAAACAGGAAAGUUUGCAGGAGGAGAAAGAAGAAGAAGAGGAGAGUGAUGAAGAAGAUUAUGGUUCCCGGAAACCUGUUGGUCGUUCCUCUUUUUUGCUGUCCAGCAUCCUGUCUAGUCUUAAAGCCAGUGACUUUGAUGGAGCAAAGGAAAAUGAAGAAAGCAGGGAUAGGACUGAGAAGAAGACAGAAGAAGUGGAAAUCCAGAAAGUAGAAAGGCAGAAUUCUGAACCAGAAAAAGAGGAAGAUGUCACAGUCAAACCAAUCAGCAUUCUGGAUUUUAUUGGCGAUGCAAGUGCAAAGAAAUUUGGUUUGGACACAGAGGAUAUAGAUAAAGACAGAGCUAGUCAGGAUGUAGGGUACCACAGAGGGUACUCUAGUUAUUCUGGUGGAAAUAGUUAUGGCCAUAGAGAUUCCAGACCUAAUGGAGAUAGGAGGCCAAAUCAAUGGCAGAGAGAUAGAAGAGGUGGAGAUGCAGAAACUGGUCAUGGGAAUCUGGAGGCUGCUCUACCAAGAUCAUUCGAUAGGAGGAAAGAUUCUUGGCAAGAAGAUAAGAAGUCAGGAUCUCGAGAUAACCGCUCAAGCAGUCAAAGGUCUGAUUCCCAUGAACAGAGGUUAUCAAGGUCUCACCAUGGCAGAGAGUCAGAAAAGGGACACAGAAGGAGGGAUGGUGAGAGCAGUGACAGAGUAGUCAGAAGUAGAUCUCGUUCUGGCAGUCGUAGCCCAAGAAAAGGAGAAAAGAGGAAGAGGGAUAAGUAUCACGAAGACAAAAGUAAGCAUGAGAAAAGAAGGAAGUCUAGAUGGAAUCAAGAGACGGAGGAGGUCAAUAAAGAGGAUAAUGGGAAACAAGACAUUGAAGUUGAGCAAAAGAAAGAAAAUGACUUGUCAAAAGUUCAAUCUAAUGGGUUUCCCACAAAUGUUGCACCCGAGGCACGCCUGGUGGCUUCAGAGCAUUAUCAAUCUCAACAGUACCCACCAGCCUAUCCCUACUCAAGGGCACCUAUGCCUCCUUUGGUUCGACCCCCACCCCAUCACCUCCCUCAGAUGCAUGCUCACAUACCUCCUCCAGGGCUGCCUUUUAAUCAUUCUGCCUCACUUGGUCACCAACAGUAUUCUCAGACACAGCAUGGACAUUCAGGCCAUCAAGUGAACCAGGUCAGACCACAUCAGCCACCACAUCUUCAAGGAUUUCCAGCUUCUUACUACCCUCAUAUUUCAGGUGUGCCUCCCAGAGUACCUCCUCCAUCACAUACAUAUCCUCAUGCAAUGUAUGCAGGCAACGCCCGCUACCCCUCGCAGCCAGGCCAGCCUGCCGCCUCACUGGUCCACCCUGGUGCCCCAGCAGGUCAGCCACAUUCAAGCUACCCCAGGUACCCUCAGUCAGCCACCCAUUCUUACACACAGCCAGUCCCACAUGGUACCUACCCACCUCGGCAAGCAGGUCCAGCAGGGGCCGCUGUACCGGCUACUGUCUACAGCCCAGCUACAGCAACAUCUGCUGCAGCUGCUGCCUACCCACCACAACCUCCUCAGUCGGCACCUACAACACCAGCAAUGCCUCGUUACAACUACCCAGCAGCGUCCACUAAACAAGAAACAGCUGUGACCCAUUCUGUAACCAGUAUGAAAGCAGAACCUAUCAUUGCAGCUUCCACAGCUCCUCCGGAACCCCAGAAGUCCUCUCAUAAACACACUCAGAAAGUUAGAGAGACUGUCAAAGAAAGUCCUGUCAAAGAGGUGAAACCACCUAGAGCCCGGUUCCCUGCCUCCCCCCCUCCUGCAGCUCCAAUUAAAGGCAUCACCACCUUUGACAGAGUGGAUUCAAGCAUUCUGCUUAAUGAG